GAAGACAGAGAGGGAAGAAGGAAAAAGGAGGCCUGUGUUGCCUGACUUUACACACACGCACACUCAUACACUCUCGUGAUGAGGUUCGAGGAGGUGUUGGACGAGGUGGGUGGCUUCUCCAAGUUUCAGUUCCUCAUGCUCCACUUGCUCUGCUUGCCCAGGGUCAUUCUCCCCCUCCACUUUCUCCUGCACAACUUCAUCUCGGGUGUGCCUCCGCACCACUGCGCCCUCGGGAUCCAUGGAGAUGGACCCCAAACCCUGGCCGACCCCAUGACGUUGGCCCUCAGGGUCCCUCGUGAAGCCGACGGCUCCUUCAGCUCCUGCAGGGCCUUUGCCACUCUGGUGACCCUUGACCUUGGCCACUCCAACUACACCAAUGUGUCCAUGUCGGUGCCGUGCCAGGACGGCUGGGUGUACGACCGUUCCCAGUUCACAUCCACCACUGCCACCCAGUGGGAUUUGGUGUGUGACCGUAAGAAAUUAAACCAGGCCGUUGCUACUUUCUUUUUCGUUGGAGUCACAAUCGGUGCAGUUAUAUUUGGAUACCUCUCAGAUAAAUUUGGUCGGAAGCCCAUGAUCCUAGUGUCCUUCGUGGCCAGUGCCGUGUUUGGAACCAUGUCCGCCUUCUCUGUCUCUUACGUCAUGUUUGCCGUGACCAGGACCCUCUGUGGAGUCGCACUGACGGGAAUGACCAUUACCACUCUUGCCCUGAGUAUAGAGUGGACGGACAUUAAGCAUCGCACCUUCACAGGGACCAUUAUCAGUCUGGGCUGGAGUGUGGGCAACAUGCUCCUGGCCCUCCUGGCAUACUUCAUACGAGACUGGAGAUAUCUCAUGCUGGUGGUGACGUCCCCCUGCAUCGCUGCAAUCAUUUCCUGGUGGUGGAUACCAGAGUCUGCCAGAUGGCUACUGGCCAAAGGCAAAGUUAAGGAGGCAAAGAAGUAUUUGGUGCAGUGUGCCAUAAUGAAUGGGAAGUAUGGUUACGCUGCAAAACUAGACACUGAGACUUUGAGGAAGAUAACUGUUUCUGAGGUUGCCAAAAAGAACUAUUCCUACUUGGAUCUGGUCAAGACACCCAAGCUCAGGAAAAUCACUAUUUGCUCAGGAAUAUUCUGGUUUGCUGUGUCGUUCGCAUACUAUGGGAUCAGCUUUAAGAUUACAGGGUUUGGUCUGAACAUGUACCUCACUCAUUUUGUCUACGGCGCAAUUGAAGUCCCAGCCAAAGUGGGGGCCUACUUCGCCUUGGAUCGCAUUGGCCGAAGAAAUGGCCAGGCGUGGUCUCUCAUCAUCACGGGAGCGCUGAUAGCUCUCAAUACCGCUAUCCCCACAGAAAAUGCCCUGGUUCGCACUUGCAUAGCUGUGGUGGGGAAGGGCUUCUCAGAAGUUGCUUUCACUACAGCUUUUCUCUACACAGCGGAGCUCUAUCCCACCGUUCUCAGACAGUGUGGUUUAGGUUACACCUCAUUCAUGGGGCGUAUGGGGGGCUCACUGGUCCCCAUGGUCAUGCUGCUGGAGGACUAUUGGGUGUUCACGCCCCCACUUAUCUUCGCCGCCACCGCCAUUGGCAGCGGCUGUGUGGUCUUCCUGCUGCCCGAGACCCUGAAUGUGUGUCUUCCGGAAAACAUCCUCGACGUAGAGGGAAGGCAUAAGCACACGUCUAGAAAUGAUGCCAUGGUUGAGUUGAAUGAAAUACACUCACUACCAGUAGCUUCAGCAUGAGAUGACAACUCCUAAGGCUGCUGCAGUACCAAGUCCUGACCUGAAAGCUCCCCAAACUGCUGAAUUGGGGAAAUUAUUUCCUACAAUGGUCAUAUCCUAAAAACUUUAGUAUGAUGGACAUUUUCCACUAUAUCAUGUAUCAUGCAUGUCACUUUUGUAUAUGUCACUAUUCUAUUGUCUAUAUUAAUUAGUUGUGUAACUCAUGUACAGUUGAAGUCGGAAGUUUACAUACAUCUUAACCAAAAAACAUUUAAACUCAG